AUGUCUGAUAUCACCGAGAUUCGUGAGAAGAUAUUCGAAAAGACCGCGGCACAACGACUUGUGGUCAAAGCACGUACAGAUCAACUGGACUCUCAUGAUUAUCGUGUCUCAGCAAGCAAAUUUAUCGACAAAAUCUUUCCAAACUGGGAGAACGAUAGUCGCAUUCAUUUCCUCGCUAUUGAAAUACGACUGAAUCGUGUGUUCAUGGCUAUCGAUAUCAACAAUUCUGAUUAUGACUUCGAUACUGCACAUGAAAACAAAAUUGUUCUCCCGGUCCAUGUUGUUUGGCAACAUAAGCGAAAGGGAUGGUUUAUCGUAAGAUGGCCUCAGGAAGAUGAGCCUCUUGCUGCGAAAAUAGCUGAGCUUCAUAACGUUAAUGGUUUCAAUGCCACAACGCCAUUUCUUGCGAAUUUCAAUGAGCGCGUUGUAUAUGACAGACCACGUCACUUAUUUCCCAAUCGCCAGCAUCCACAAGCUACAUCUUCACUUGAUGAGCCCGCUUAA